AUGUCUGUUCUGUUGAGUCCCUACAACUUACCGGCUAGUGAGGACGUGAAGUACAUCGAUCCAGCUUGCUCUCCCGGAACGCAUGACGGCAGCUGGGCGGAGGAAUACGGGGGGAGGACCGAUUACAAACCAUAUGGUCCGUCGUUGGUGGGUAUCGACAUUUCGUUCUCGGAUGUUGAGGCUGUCUACGGCCUACAGGAGCGCGGCACUACUUCCUCUAAGCUAGAGUCAGGCGGAACAAGCGAUCUGGGUCUGUACAGGUUCUUCAACUUGGACUUUGGGGCGUAUCCAGUCGAUGGGGACAGAAACCAUGGAGCGAUAUAUGGAUCUAUCCCGACACUCACCGCUGUGCAGAAGAAUAGAAGCAACACACCCUUCGUCUCAUCUCUGCUGUGGGUUAAUCCAUCAGACACUGCAGUGGCCUUGAAUGGAUGUUGCGGAGAUUUGUCAACUACUUUCCUCUCCGAGUCCGGUGUUAUCGAUCUAUUCCUCUUCCCUGGCAUGAAGCCUCAAGAAUUCUCGACUGCAUAUCAUCAUACGACCGGGUUGCCCGCCCUCCCACCACUCUUCGGUUUAGGAUUCCAUCGCAGUCGGUAUGCUAUAGAGAGCCAGCAGUAUACUGAAGAACUAGCGGCCAACUACACUCGGUUAGGAUUCCCGGUUGACGUUUUUUGGCUGGGAAUCGAACACACUAAAGGGAAGAUGUACUUCACAUGGAAUGAAACGCUCUUCCCGGAUCCAAAGAAGAUGUCGGAAGAUUUACGAGCCCAAGGAAAAGAGAUGGUAACCAUCACGGACCCUCAUAUAAAGGUCUCGAAAGAUUACCUCGUCUUUACUUCUGGUGUUGAGGAGGAUGUAUUCGUGAAGGAGAUCGAUCGCGGGCAACGUAAGCCCAGGAAGAAGAUUUUCGAAGCGCAGGCCUCACCUGGGUUGAGCGCAUGGCCGGACUUUACCAGCGCUAGAGUUCGAGCUUGGUGGGGAAGGUUUUUCAGCCCGAACGGCCAGAACGACGACUUCUAUGGGUGGAAUGACUUGAACGAGCCCAGUGUUCGUGAUGUACCCGAGAAAACGAUGUAUCGGGAUCUAAUCCACUCUGAGGGGACUGAGCAUAGGGAUGUUCAUAACUUAUACGGUCAUUAUUUCCGCUGGGCAUCUUUCGAAGGUCAGCGUCUUCAUCGCUUCCCAGGCAAACGUCCAUUUGUGCUCACGCGUAGCGUUUUUGCUGGGAGCCACAGGUUCGGUCCCAUGUAUACCGGGGAUAAUGUUGCUCAAUGGAAUAACCUCCAAGCUGUGAUACCCAUGACAACGGCCUUGGCCGCUACUGGAGGGUUCUCAUUCACGGGCUCGGACAUCGGUGGCUUCUCCGGACAUCCGGAUGCCGAACUCUACACCAGAUGGUUCCAGCUCAGCGCGGCCACCAGUGCUUUCUUCAGGUUACAUUCGGACAUUCAUUCCCCCCAGAGAGAUCCCUGGUUGUACGAUCAAGAUACACUCAAUCGCCUUAAAAAUGCAACGCUGGAAAGAUAUAGGCUUCUGCCAUACUGGUAUCACGCCUUUGCUCGAUAUGUCUAUUAUGGUGAGCCUGUUAUCCGUCCGCUUUGGUACGUCUACAUCGACGACCCAAACACGUAUAAGUCACCGCCCCAGGUGCUAAUUGGCGCUGAUAUUAUGGUGCGCGGAGUGGUAGAGAAGAGCGUGAAAAAGGUGAAAGUUUAUUUCCCUCAACACACUCAGUGGUACAGCACUGCUGGGAAGCUCAUGACAAGCGGAUGGCAAGAUGUUGAUGUGACCAUGGAUGAUAUUCCGCGUUACUUCCGCGCUGGCAGCAUCAUACCGUAA